CCCAAACCUUGAAGCGAUAGUCAAACGACGAUCUCAUAUCCCUUGGGCCCGGCGCAGUGCCACCCGAUCAACCAGGAUCGACGACAACAGCGGCCCUAGCCGCCCAGCCUUGCUAGCUCCAUCGGCAUGUCAAGUGAACUGCUGUCCCCGUCGGCAGCGCAGCGCUGAACCGCGUCGUGCACUUGCGGGCUGGUAUGUGCUGCCGUGUUGUUUGCGUGUUGCUUGGUUCGAUGGUCGGUUUGACCAUGCUUGAGGUCAUGGCGUUAAUGUUGACAAACACCCAUCUUGGCAUCCAUCAUCGUCAUCUCGGGCAAGCCCAGCGUCGUUCGGUCCCGGGGACGAGAUGGCCCGGGCGCACAGUGAUUGCGGGUCCACCAACCAACCACAUGAUGAAUGAUCAUCGUCGUGCCGUGCGACGAUCACGCGGCGCUGCGACGCUGGCCUCUGGGCUGCUCCCCCUUCUUCUCCCACCCCCACGACCGUCCCAGCCUCUCCCGACCGAGAUGCAGCCGGGGCGACGUUUGAGCCACCCAAGGGACCAGCACAGAGGAAAAGCGCCACCCCCACAGUUGAGUUGAGAUGUCGGCGGGCAGACGACCCCUCUUAGUCAGCGGGCAGGAAUAAGAUUUUCUUGUCUGUUUUCGGUCCGGAAACGUCCAGGGCGCAGC